AUGCACUUCACAGGAAAUGAAAAACAAGGACUUGGCGUCACACUUGCACUUCACAGAAUAUGUGAAAUCAAGCUGGUUGCAUUUGCCUAUUUUGCCAGCCACUUAUUGACAAGAAUACGCAUGUCAAUGUGCAUGGAUAAGUUGAAGCAGCAAUUUCAAGUACUUCUGCAAAGAUUCGUAGAGGAUGAACCAUUUCAAGGACCACGAGUCCAAAAUUAUGUCAGGAAGAGGUGUAUUCUCCGUAGCUUUCUUCAAGUCCCGAGCAUUAGAGAUGAUCGUUUCAAGGGAAAGCAGCACGGACAUGUAGGGGAAAAAGAUGUCAUUUCCAUAGUGAAGUUGGCAGAAAUUAUUAAGGAGACAAUGCAGGUUUUCUGGGAGUUUCUUCGUGCUGAUAAAUGUGAAGCUAAUUUCGCCUUAAAGGGUGUUCAUGGACCUCAAACCGACACUGCAGAAAUAGAGCUUUUUAUGAAUGUCAAGUUAGACCUUCGAAAGAAGGAGAGGAAGCUGAAAGAUGUACAAAGAAGUGGCAACUGCAUAGUGAAGAAGUUCCAAAAACAGCAAGAACAUCGAUUGAGUCAUCAUUCAUUAUUCGCGUCUCUUGUGGAACUUAAACUGGUAUCAAGAGUAAUAAGUUUACCAAGAUUAAGGAGAGAUUAUUUGGUCUGGUGCCAGAGGAAAUUAAGCAAUAUCAAUGUUGCAGGAAGGAAAGUUAGCAUGGAACAAUCUUUUUCACUUUUCCCAUGCUAAGUAACUUUUAGUAUAUGUUUCAUAAUGUAAAUGACGGUCUUCUAGGACUAUAGUUCUAGGAUAUUUAGUUAACCCCCACCCCCCCCCCCCACCCCACUCCAAGAAAAGGACCUUAAUCCCCUUGCUUCCCCUCGAAAAAAUAGUACCUAGAGGAGGAGAAAAUGUAGACUGGUUUUGAAAGGCAAAUUCAGAACAAGGAUCAAUGGUUUAUCA